UGUGUGUUUGGAUGAACAAAUGCAAACAGAGUCCGCAUCGUCCAGUGCAUCUGCCCUGGAUCGAGCCCGCCUCACAGCUGCUACCCGAUAGCGCCCCCAUGCAGGGUAUCCGUUCUACCAAGGCGAUGCGUGUGUUCCUGUGUCUCCCGUAGGCAGCUCAUGUCCCGGUCGGCGAUGAAGAUCCCCGCCGGUGAGGAGACGGAAGCGGGCAGCUGCCUCCGUCCGGGGGGCGGGAGCCCGGAGCCGCAGCUGUGGAAUCAAGGCUCGCAGGGGCGCGGCGACAGCCUGGCGGUGACGGUGGGCGGCCGGGUGUUCGUGGUGGACAAAGCCCUCCUCAUGGACCACUGCGAGUACUUCCAGGCGCUGUACCAGUCGGGCAUGAGGGAGUGCCUGCAGACGGAGCUCCACCUGCGGGGGCUGGGCGCGGCCGGCUUCGUGGCCAUGCUGGGCGUUCUCCACGGCGAGCGGCCCGCGCUGGGCGCCAACGAGCUGGUGGAGGCCAUCGAGGUGGCCGCCUUCCUCCAGGUGCGCGCCCUCACCGGCUACCUGGUGGACCUGAUCGACUCCGACAACUGCCUGCUCAUGUGCCACACGGCCUUCGGCUACGGCGUGCGGGAGCUGGCCCACCGCGCCGCCCUGUUCAUCCGGGACAUGCGCUCCGAGCUGAGGGAGGAGCUGUGGUCGCUGCCCGCCGAGCUGGUGGAGUACAUCGACUCGCUGGCGCCCUGCAACUACAUGGCGGUGUGCAGCCACGCGCCGUCCCCGGAGCUGCUGCAGGACAUCCAGAGGACGGUGUGCUACCUGGACGAGGACAGCCGGGACUGGAGGGUGCUCACCCACCUGCCCAAGGAGAGCAGCACCACCCAGGCCGGGCUGGCCGUCCUCGACAACAAGCUGUACAUCGUCGGCGGGGUCCACGACGUCAGCAAGAAGGUGAUGGACUGUGGGUUCUGCUACAGCCCCGUCACCGACACCUGGUCCACCGUGCCAAGCCCCAAGCAGCCCCGCUACAACUUCACCCUCAUUGGCCACGAGGGCUGUCUGUACGCGGUGGGCGGGGAGUACAACCGGAAGGCCAUCUCAUCCGUGGAGAAGUUCAAGGUGUCCCACGGGGCCUGGAGCUUCGCCUCUCAGCUGCCCUGCCCCGCGGCGUCUGUGGCCUCGGCCAAAGCCAGGAGCCGGAUCUUCGUGUGCCUCUGGAAGGCCAAGGGCGCCACGGAUAUCCACGAGUACGUGCCCCAGGAGGACCGCUGGCUGCUUGUCACCACGCUGGUCAGGAAGCAGAGCUACGGCCUGUGCAUGGUGGCGCACCGGGACAACCUGUACGUGAUGCGCAACGGGCCGUGCGACGACUUCCUGAUGUGCGUGAUGGAUCAGUACAACCUGACGUCGGGCCAGUGGAGCGCGGUGAAGGGACAGUACGGCAACAGCAAAGGGUCACUGUUAACGGCCACCGUGAGGGGGGAUUCCGUGUUCACGCUGAACCGAACGGUGACCACAGAGUACGCCAUAGAGGACUCCCGCUGGAGAACCAAGAGGGACAUGAAGGGCUUCGGCAGGAUCGGAUCCAUCUAUACGUUUCUCUUGAGGAUCCCUAAAGACGCCGCGCAGCUCAAAGAGAGUUCGAGAGCUGACAGUCCCGGUCAACAUUAUGGACUCCUCGUCAGGGACCCGAGUUCAUCAGCUCGAUGUCUGAACGAUCGGUAGAUCUGUUCAACCAGUUGAGUUGGUUUGUGGUGAUGAAUUAACUAUUUACUACUUUUUAUUGUUUAGUCAUUUAGCAGGCUUUCUUUAUUUCCAUGUGACCCACGCAUUGCAUUUAGGAGCCUGUAGGGGAGAGAUUAAGGGUAUACUUUGUACAAUAGGCUUCAUCAUUUUGAUACGUUUAUUUUUAGAUCAAUAGACCAGCAGCUGCUGCAUUUUUUUUUUUUUCUCUUUGCUGCUGUUGUCAUCACUGUAGUGCUCACGGGCAGUUUGUAUUCUUUGCAGUAUUCUGUUCAAGGAGGAAAGUAUUCAAAAACAACAAGUUUAUGAAGUAAACAACAGCACAGUUUAUUAUGGGACUUAUAAAAUAUUCUAAUGAGUAUUAAUUUAUUGAAUUGUAUGGGGUAACUAUUUAUUGAUAUUGUCAAAUCAAAUACAAAAACACCACUUGUAAAAAAAAAAACACCAUGCAUGCAUCACAAAUCCAGAUAAAUUAAAUACAGAAUUCCACUUACAGCAACAUAAUGAAACACAUUUUAUAUACAAGUCAAUACAACACCUGUGGCAGCGUGGACAACCCAAUGGCAUCACAUUUCUGAGGGGGUUUCCCAGAACAUUAAACACGUGCUCUUUCUUACCGAAGGCCACUGUAUCUGCACCCUUGGUCCAGUCUGACCAUUGGGCUGACUAACAGAAGCUACUUCCUUCCAUGUCAAUAAAAGACAAGAUAACUGUGUGUGUGUGGAUUAUGGCUGGUUUGAUCAGCCUCACCCGGCCCGAGUCAGACUGAUUGGACUGAGGCUGCAACCAGCCAUCUCGACACACACUGGGGUGUGGAGAUGUUAACCAUCAAACAUUUUCAAUAAACCAGCUUUCUAACACCACUACCCUGCGUCCUUUAAAUUGAGGAUCCCAAAUGAAGUCACCUAAGUGGCGUGCAGUAACAGACUUUGCUAC